CGUAUUUUACGUAGUACAUUCGCAACGGAAACGAAAAGCAUAGUUAGACUAUAAUCUUUGCACAUUACUAUUACAAAUUUAUGCCUCCUCGGUCUUGUAAAUAAAAAGCAUCGUUUGGAUGUUUCGAAAGAAGAAUUUGCUAUUGCCGCCGUUUUAAAUGAACUAUGGGGUUGGGGCAGUCCGUCGCAACGAAUGUGCCGAUUGGCUAAAUGAGCAUUGACGUCACUAAAUCCGGAUGUAUCUCGCGAAGUGAGAGUCGCGUUUGUUUUCCUAACACUGACGGGCCGGCUCGUAAUGGGAGGCUGGCGACCAACCAGAGACUUCAUGUAGCAAUUUAGGAAUCCAGCUUUCUUCUCUACGCUAUAUCUGACUGGCAUGGUAUCAUGGAGAAUCAUCAAGAAGGAGAGACACAGGGAGUCAAGAUUUGUCGUCCACUGAUAGAAGGCAACACAGCAGACACCCUGGCCACGUCGCUUUCGCUUUUGGGGAAUCACAUGUUUCCUGAUCUAGUGGCUAGGAAGGCCGCCCACGACGAGGAGCAGAAACAAGAUGUUCCAGAAGAACUCCCUCAGGACACAGAAGGCUCUCACCCUCCCCCGGCGACCGAGGCGCAAAGUGAGGAGCCUCCUGAUGAAGUUGUGGACGGAGCGCAAAGUGACUCUGGAGAGUUUGUUGUCACCGUGCUGGCCAAGGCCAAGCUGGAGGAGCAAGGCUUCGGCGUGAAGGGUCGGUCAUCGCCGCUGCUGGAGACGGGCAUCCAGGAAUCUCCCCCCACCGCUCACGGCACGUCCCACCGUGACGAGGACGUGACGGCGGAAAGCUGGCGGCAGCACAGGAAGCACAUUUUUGUGCUGAGCGAAGCCGGAAAGCCCAUCUAUUCACGAUAUGGCAGCGAAGAGGCUCUGUCGUCUACAAUGGGCGUCAUGAUGGCACUGGUGUCCUUUGUGCAAAGUGGAGAUAAUAUCAUACGUUCCGUCUACUCAGAGGAGCACACGGUGGUCUUCCUUCAGAAAGGCCCCCUGGUGCUAGUGUGCGUGUCGAGCAGCCGGCAAUCGGAGCAGCAGCUGCGCGGGGAGCUCCUCUACGUCUACUACCAGAUCAUCAGCAUGCUCACGCAGGCCAGCAUCUCGCGCAUCUUCGAGCACAAGAAGAACUACGACCUGAGGCGGCUGCUGGCGGGUUCCGAGAAGAUCCUGGACGGCCUCCUCGACCUCGUGGACUCCGACCCCAGCUUCCUGCUGGCAGCCGUGCACUGCUUGCCGCUGGCCUCCUCCCUCAGAGACUCCCUCAGCCAAAUCUUGCAGAAGGCCAUCACUCCCAACCUGGUCUUCUCCAUCCUCAUUGCUAAGAACCAGCUGCUGACCGUGGUGCAGGAGAGGGCGGUCAUCGAGGACGCACGUUUGGAGCCUGCUGACGUCCACCUGCUGCUCAACCUGAUCGGCGCCUCCUCCGCCUUCCAAGCCGGCGAGAUCUGGACACCCAUUUGCCUGCCGCUCUUUAACCCCGACUGUUACUUCUAUGCGUACAUCUCUUACUUGGACCCGCCCGAGUGCACCGUGUGCCUCCUGCUGCUCUCCACUGACAAAGAGGCCUUCUACGCCGUGGCCGAGUGCAAGCGGCGCAUCGAGGAGGCUAUGGUGGCGCAGGGCUCGUUGGCCCUGAUCGCCAAGGCGCAGUCGUACAGCGUGAGCCAGGUGGGCGUCGCCGACCUCAGGCACUUCAUGUACAAGCCCUUCGACGUGCCCGACAACCACCGCCAGCUCACACAGUUCACCAGCCCCGAGAUGGAAGCCCCGUACCACAACGAGCAGGAGAAAAUGAGGCUGCUGGACCUUUACCGUUACAUGCACAGCCGCAUCCACAGCAGCUCUCGGCCCCUCAAGCUCAUCUACCACGUGGCCGAGAGGGAAACUCUGCUAGCGUGGGUGACGAGUAAGUUUGAGCUGUACACGUGCUUCAGUCCACUGGUGACCAAAGCGUGCGCCAUCACAGUCAUCACCAAGCUCCUCCGCUGGAUCAAGAAGGAGGAGGAACGCCUCUUUAUCAGGUACCCCCCCAAGUACUCCACCACGCCGAACCCCGCCAAGAGCUCGCGGGCGGCCAAGGCGGAGCCGACGGACUCGGCCGACAACGGCUUCCUGUCCCUGCUAUGAGGGGACCCGUCAAUGGUGACCUUUUUGACACUUGCCAGCAAAGCAAGAGGUAGGACCAACUUUUAAUUUUCAGCCGGAGGUGGCGCCGGACAGAGACAUUUAAGUGGUUUUACUUAGUUUUAUCAAACAAUGAAUGUAUUCCACGGGAGACUUCUUUAACAGGAUUAUGCAAGUGGAGAUGGACAAAGGAGAAACAUCCUUGAUAUGAAACCUCAGAGCCCCAAAAACAUUCACCCCACAAUUGCUCAUAACAUCGAAUGAUGACAAUAAGAAACUGUUUUGUUUGUUUGUCUUCAGUUUAGUACAGCGCUUAGAGGACUCGAGAGGGAAUUCGGGUCACAUAGAAUAUUAUAUUGCGAGAAUAAAAAGUCAUUGUGUUAGCCCAGUUGCAUCGUUGUCUCAAUCACAUUUGGACAUUUUCAGAAAACAUGAUUGAAACACAACAAAAGAGUCCAGUUGCCGUGAUUCAACUUUUGCAAAUGACCUUGAUAACUGACAGAAAGGAAAAAAAAAAAUGUUUAGCUAGUACAUUGGCACUUAUAAUGAAAAAAGUUCUACCUUUGUCCUGUUUUUUGCAUUUUUUUUUUCCCUCCAAAAGUUGGAAUCUUCCAAGAAUAAAGGUGUAUAUUUUUUAGAUGAAGUACUAUUUUUACAGGAUAAAAGACUUUUAUUUUUGGGGGAUAAAAAGUCGUGUUCCGUCUGGGGGGAAAAAAGUCAUUACCUUACCAGUGGUCAUAUUUUUCCAAGAAUAAAGCAAUUUCUUUUUUUUUGUAGCUAAAGUUGUUUUCACAGUGAAAAAACUUUAUUCCUUUUUUCUUGUAAAUUACGACUUCUUUUCCCCCUUAUAGAUUAUAGAUUACAUUUGUUUUAGUCAAGGAGAUCGAUGCAUUGCUUUAAUUUCAAAAUUAAUCUCAUAUUAGGAAUAAUUUGUAUCCUCAAAAAACUAAGAAUUUUUUCCUCAGAAUACGUCACGAAAAAUAAAUAUGACUCUUCACAUGUGAUUUUUUUUUUUUUUUUUUUUUUUUCCAUUUU